CAGAGUGUAAGAAUCUAUGGAUAUAAAAUUUAAAAAAAUAAUUACUAUGUCCGGAAUGCGAGCGGUUCCAUCGAUGACGGUCGGCGGCCAAUUACGCGCACAGAUGUUUUUUCAGCGCCUAUCCAUGGCGUAAACGACGAUUCCGUUUUUCUCAUAACCGUUUUCGGUUUUUCUUUAUCAUUCAUCGUUAUAACUCGUGUAAUAUAGGUAGGUACUAAAUAAUAUGAGCAGUGAGUAACUUAUUUACGUACAGUCGAACAAUAAACGAACAUUUUAUCAGAAUAUUACGUUUACCGCGUAUCUUUGACAUGUAAAAACCGAAUGUUAGCGUUAUAAAAAAAAAAAAAAAACAAUAAUAAUAUUCGUUAAAUAAUUUGUUUCGUUUUUGAACGGGUUUUUUGCCGUGCACCGUCUCGACAUUCGCGAAUUACACUUCCGGAUAACAUACUGCGCCAAGAAAUACAUUUGAGGCACGUAAAGUAAGUUUUUGCAGAUCAUAAUUAUAUCUAUAAAGUAUUUAAGUAUAGUGUUAAAUAUUUUCCCGAGUGUUGGACGUGUGCUCUCGAAGCGUUUUUUUUUUUUUAUCGUCGCCGUGACGAUUUGCUAAAAAAGUCGCAAUUUCCUACUCCUCCCUUGCCUAUACCUAAUACUUUAAAUACAAAUAAAUAAUAUAGUAAACAAAUCUCAACACGAAAACGCGAAAUCGUUUGGAUAUCGAAAAAAUGUCAUAGUUAAAUAGUACGGUAUAAUUUAGUUUAUUAUCUAUAUCUGCGGUUUAUACAAAUUAUUACCGUAUUGCAUAUUAUGUUUCGAAAUUAUAUUUUACUUAACAUUUCACGGUUAAGUAUACCUAACCUAUGUGAAGUGCAAAAAUGCCAAUAGAUUACAAUAUUUUUUUUUUUAUAUAUACCUAUGUGUACAUAGUUGUAUCACACAGAUUAAUUGGUUUUGUGUUAUUAAUUAUUCUAUUUACGAUACAGCGAACUUUUUGUAUAAUAACGACGUGAUUUGUUUUUUCAGUCGACUUAAUUAACUGCAAUACGCAUGAAUAAUGUCUACGUAAUUUUUUUCUUAUCAGUAAUAAUUUGAACAUUUGGAUCCAAACAAUUAAAUAAACCCAUUAAAUAAGGUACGCGCAUUAUUUUAAAUGCUCAUGUUCUAUUAAAAUACGAGUACUUACAAACUAAAACUUGACAAUCAAUAAAUAAGAUUUAUUCAAAUGAGAUUUUCAGUGAUCUAAUUAAUAUCUUAGUACUUAAAGUGUAGAAUUACCUACACAACAUCUAUAGGUAAAUUUUUAAAUUUUUAGAUCCAAUCAUACUUGAUAAGGAUUCUUAUCACAUAAUAUGACAUGUUUUUACUCUGAGACGACGUCACACUAUUCACGCGUAUAGCGUCUCGUUCGAAGUAAGCCGGAACUUGUUUCCCGUACCAUUACAUCGUUUCACAGACAGUGGGUUUCUGAUUGGUUCGAUUCCCGAGCACUAGUGUAAAUAAUACAGACCAUAUCAAUUAGGAUACUAUGAUACGAACAGAUUUUCGUGUUACCAAGAGUAAACCGUUGAAUUGAAAAAAAUUGUUUACCGAUAUAAACAUACCUACCGUUCAUGAUUUGGUGAUUUCUGUCGUCAAAAAUAAUUUGGGCAACAAUUUUUGAUAAUAUAUCAACUGAUAAGAGUAUUUAAUUUGAAAUUAUUUUCAGAUUUUUUUUGAAAAAUUUAAUUUUAUAUUUAAAAUUCUAUUGAUCUCCGAAGUUUUAAAAUGGACUUGAAACGUGUUUCAUUAGUUCUUCAAGACGAACUUUAAGUCCAUAUAAAUAUGGCGAAAAUAACAAAAGUAGUUUCACUAAGUACUAUUAUUGUUAUAUCGGAGGUAAUAAAAGAAGUAUACGUUUAAAAUCAAGCAUUUACUCUCACCAGAUGAAAUUUCACAAAACAUUAAACAAUAAUUCUUAACCUGAAAUUACCACGAAUACGUCUUUUAGUAAACUGUUUACUCUCGGUACCUUUGCGAAAUUCCGCUCAUUAUUUAUUAGGAUAACGCGCGAUAUUAUGCGCACGUUUUUCCAUUCAUCAUUACCGAUAUCAAUAUUUUACUUAUGGACACGUUUACUGUAAUUAUUUGAAUACCACUAAUGUGUCGUAAUAAAUGGUGUGGUUAUGAAAAAAAAAAAAUAUGUAAGAUCUAUUUUUGUUACAUUAAAACUAGUAAUGUAUAAAAUAUUUAACGAUUAUAGACCGAUAAAAGUGGUAUAAGAACACGAUAUUUUUAUCAUUAUUAUUAAUAUUCACCAGGCAAAGAGUAUUUUAUUUAUUUCGUGUUCAAUAAUUAAUAUACUUGACUGUGUAACAAUAAAAUAUGUAAAUGUAAAAAAAAAAUGAUUUUCCGGCCCAGGCUGUAGUUAUGCAGUUGGACAGUAAACACUAGAAAUUCGAUUAUACGCUAUAAUAAAAAUAUGUUAAACAUACUGCAUAUUUGAGUUCUCUUUUUUGUUUUAUUCUAAUAAAUGUUUAAGAUCCUGAGCGGAGCGAAGAAGCUUAUGGUUUUACAAAGAUGUUUAUUUUUAUUGUCUGCGGACAAAUUUCUACUAGAGGACUUGCUCCAAUUUUUACAUGUAGCAACUCUUCCGAAAGAAAAUAAGUGUGUAGAAGUACCUCAAAGAAGUCAUUUUUCGAUUUUCUCGUGAGUUUUCUCAUUUGAUGAGAAAACUCACGAGAAAAUCGGUAUAACAUUAAACAAAUAUUAUUAAAGAACAUAUAUAGAGCCUAUUUAAUUAUUUUACUAUAAUAUGGUAUAUAUAUAUAUAUUGUUUACGAAGCAUCACUAUCAACUGAACUCUGCUCAAAAACGUUUUUUUUUUUCGUAAGCAAUGGUUUUUUCGUUUUUUACAGGUACACAUUAAAUUUCCUUCUGUAUCCUACCUUCUCAACUUCUCACCUACAACAGUGGCUGCAUCCACGUGCAGACAAAUUAUGUCCGUCUUUUUAGGAUAUUUAACAAUUAAGGCCUAGGUACCAUACAUGAACAGUAUGUUUUCGCUCGUAGUUAUAAUGAUAAAACUAAUAAGAACGUGUAAUAAUGAUAACCUUACGAUAACGAACAACUGAAGAUUUGACCAAUCAAAAACGACCGUUUGCGAAACAAUGAAUAUGGUACGGGAAAAUGCGGCAGGCACGAGGGAACAUGACGCUCAAAAGAGUACGGGAAAGCCCGUUUUUAACCGUACUUAUAAUACGGUCACCCUAAAUUUAAAAAAAUCAAUAACUAACAUCGGGCGCCAAAAUUGUUAUACUAUAUUACUAUAGCCCAUGGAUGGCGAAAACCCGAUAUAGGUAUUUGUGUCGUUUAGUUUAGAUUUUUAAUACCGACGACAUUUUAUCGAUGUUAAGCGGUAUACAGAAUAGAGAUAAACGGUCGUUUUUUUCAUUUCAAAUGACAAAGCUUAAAAUUGAAUCCUUUAUAACCAUUUAUUGCAUUUUUAACGUGUGAAAAGUUUUUCCGAACACUUUACAUUAUCCGUUUAUUAGAUUGGAGACGUAAAUUUGAUAAUAAUAUAAUAACUACAAAUAUUCAAAAAACGAAAAAGAAAGAAAAAACGGACGAUUUCAGUUUUAAAUGUUUGAAACCGAUUUUCCGGUGCGUUCAAAUUAUUAUUAUUACUAUAUGAAUUCUUUACGUCGUUUUCCCCGCGGGGAAACAAAAUAAUAUAAUAUUAUAAUAAUAAAUAUAACGAUAUUAUAAUGUGUAAUAAUUUACAAUAUCGUGUAUGUCGUUUGUUAUGAACUCGAGCAUAAAAUUAUAAAGUCGAGAAAAAUUCAGUUCACCGGGUCAGGGACAAAGACGAUUAGAAAAAUAAUGAUAUUAUAUUCGAUAAGUCAGCGUAUAUAAUAAUUUAUGAUAUCGGGUAUCGAUGUUGAUAUUUGAAUCGAUUUCGCUCCGCCGUAUCUUAACGCGAGAUUCAGUAACGUUGAAAAAUUGCAAGACGACCUUGCAUAUUAUUAUAAUAUAUUUUUCUCCUCUUUUUCAUCCGCUGGUGGCCAGAUCUCGGUCAUAGUCUGAGGGAAGGGUUAAGGGCUGUAAAUACAUUUAGCGUGACUCUUUUUACUCGAUUUUUUUUUUAAAUUCCAUUUUAUUAAUUUAUUAAAAAAGGUAGUUAUAUUUUAUCAAUAUAGUAAUAUCAUACAAUACUGACACGAUAGGUACUCUGGUAACCUAAUAUAACCUAGGAUUGAAUUUCUGAAAAAGUCUAUAAAUGUUUAAAAUAAAGCGCCGUCGGGCAAAACAUUUGUAUGCUUUAGGUUUGACAUAAAUUUAAGCUUGUUUCCUAACCCAUCAAGUGUUUUCAAAAAAAAAAAAUUUACUUAUAAUCUAACAAAUAUUUUUAAAAGAAAAAAAGACGAAAAAUUGUGACUUCCUUCACUUUGCGACCCAAGCCCCCUCUUAAUGCAGUCUUGUUUUUUGCAUGGCUUUGGUACUUAAGACCAUAUACCACUUCUUACAAAACCCGUCACAGUGCCACCUAUCUCUAGUCUCAAGAGUUUCUCGUUCCACUGGAUUUCCGGUCCCAUUACCUUAAUGUCCUUAUUCUUAACAUAAUCUUACCAUCUUAAUCUUGCAGGUUUCUCUAAAGGUCUUUUCCCUAUAAUAUAUAGUUUUUCUUAGUCACUCGGUAACAAUAUACGAUUCCUGUUCACGUCAGACAUAUCAGUAUUUUAUUUAGCGAUCUCUGCUCCAUAACUAUAUCGGAUCUUUAAAAUUCGAUUUGAAAUUCGUCAUUAUAGUGUGAUCCCCUCCGUUAAUUUGUUUCAUCAACGGUAAGACCUUGUAUAUUUCUCAGGAUUUUUCUUUUGAAAAACUACUAAUAUCAGUUCUUCGCGGCCACGUCUUAAAACCAUACACAAAACAAUAUUGGUCGUAAAUAAUAAUUUCAUGUACAUCCUUAGAAUUUUUAGAUCUUCGGUGACCUGGAAUAUAAUGAUAUUAUACAGUGGUUUCAAUAUCAAUUUUCGAUACCGUCAUAAUAUACACGUGCAAAAGAAGCGGUUUAAUUUGGUUAAUUAUUUUGUGCUUCUGUACGUCGGUACAGUAAAUAUUUUCUAACGAACGGUAUAUACGUAAGAUUGAUGAGUGCGGUUUGUUUCAAUUAAAUUUUACCAGCAUCGCGCGUAAUGAAAUCGUGUUCAACGAGUUUUCCACCUGUCUCGGCACGGAGAGAGUGUUAAUAGUUCCCGUUAAGACAACGAUAAAUAAUUGUACGUUUUUAUAAGAGACGGUGUGUUGAACCGCACGCCGGGACUAUUGUGCGGGUCGACUUUAUGUAAGUCGUCAAUCUUCAAACAAUUAAAAUAUACCGUGGCGCGGUCGUUAAUAUUUUAUAUUUUUAAUCGAUUUUCCCUCUUUUUACGUCGCGGUGGUCGUAGUCGUUCUCUUUUCAUGCUGUUACUAUCUCUCUCUCGCUCUAUCUCUCUAAUAUUUUUAUACAUAUAUUUAUAUAUUAUAUCUUAUAAUUAUAGCGAAACAACAUUUAUUUACUCGAGUAUUAUAUUUAAAUUGCUAUUUGUACGUCGUUAUAAUAUUGUGUUACCAAUUUAUUCGAAAAUUAAUGAAAUCGAACAUAAAGGAGUCGUCGUUAAAGGGAUGAGAACCACGUAUAUAUAGGUCUAAGUAAACCCAGAUUAACGCAAGUGCAGACGGUGUGUGUGGACUUAGGGAUAUCCCGAGUGCCUCUCGUUUUUAAUUUUCACAUUUUUUUAUAUUCCAACUGCGUCCGCGGUCUCAACGACAAAAUAUUUUGAACUGCCCGAAUGCGUCCGCAAUCGUAUCGGUGCAGCUAUGAGCAAUGGCGCAAUAACCAAAGUGGAUGGCGAUGCCUAACAUCGGAGCUCCAAAAGGCUUAAUACUUACUUGAAUACAUACUUAAAUUUAAACCAAAAUAUUUAUCAGAUUGCCGAAGCUAAAACAAUAAAAGUUAACUUCAUAAUUAAAUAAUUAUAUUUAAAAUUUCGAUGUGAUAUUUGUUUUAAGUAUUUAUUUGAAUGAUAAAUUUAACUAGAUUUGCAAAGCGGAACAAAAAUAUAAAAUUUUAGUAUUUUAGUGUUACAUUUUAUACAUAAUAGUUUAUGUCAAAUUGGUACUUUUUAAUUUGGUUAUGUUUUCACUGACCAUUUUUUUUUUCUAAUUGUUUCUUUAUAAUUUGUAUAAUUUUUUUUUGUUCAUUAUUUUUAUAACUUAAUUUAGUAGCAUGUAUAUAUUAUUAUUCUGCUGAUAAUAAAUACAAAUUGAGUAGCGCGUUUUAUCAGUAGUGAUCAGUAUUAAAAAAUAAUUAAUUCAUUGCGAAUACUUAAAUAUAGUUAUAGGACCCCAGACUUACCUUAUCAUCGGGGCCCUAAGAUCCUAGUUGCGCCACUGGCUGUAGGUACCUAUUUAUACCUAUUUAAAUCUGAUUAAUCUAAUAAUUGAUAAACCGAUCGUUGAGAAGACAGCAUUUUAUUUCAACGUUGAUAGUACAAUUUAGUGAGACUACGGCGUGUAGUAACUGAGCUAAGUAGUACCAUAAUUUACAAAUGUUACAAAGUUAAAAAUUUGAAUGUGUUUAUGUGAAAAAAAAUUGAAUAAUUAUAAAAGUAGAUACUGUAAAGACUAAGUAUGUAGUUUAACAUAAUGGCCUAAUGGUAUUUAAACACCAGCAUUUAAUGUAGUAACAGUGUAGACAACGUUUUUAACAUUUGUUUUGUAUAUUAAAAUAAAUAAAAAUAAAACGUUUUUUAACACUCAACCAACCAUAAUGGAUAUCUAAGCCGAGGUAAAAAAAUAAAUAAAAUACUUUUAUGGUUUAACUUCAUCUCCUCAUGGUGUACCCCUAGGUAACUCUAAAUGAACUAUGACGCAUUCGGGUUACGUUAAAAAUCUUUUGGGACGCACUCAUGUGAUACUUUAUUCCGGACGCACUCGGGACAUUGAAAAUGCGUUAUUUCGGAAUACACUCGAUGCACUUGACUCUCAAAAUAAAAAGGGCCCAAGGUAUUAUUCUCCAUGCAUCCAAUUUGUUUUAUUGAAGAAUUAAUAUUAUUAUAUCUGUGAAGUAUAAGUACUUACUUAUAAUAAUAACCUAAUACAAAAAAAAUAUAAGUAUCUGAUAUAUACAUAAAUAACAGUAAUGUAUACAGAAUAUACUUAGUGGGACGUUUUUUACUGAGUAUUUUUGAAUUAUACAGAUUAAUGGUGAAUGCGGGGGGAGGGAUUUCACUCCCUCGGCGUGAAAUAUUUGUCGACGUUCGUUCGUGAUAUAAAUAUAUAGACUAGGGCACUGUUUUGAAUUGAGCACUUAACCGCCAUUUCAGUUAAAUCAGCAACUGGGCUUGUCUGGAAUAUAUUAUAAAACAGAUCGUGAAGGUUUUAUCCAUGGACCUGAUAAUAUAAUAUAAUAUACGUUCAUAAGUCUAUGGUUUUUAUCAAUUUAAUGAAAAGGAGAACGGACGACAAAAACCAGUGUAAUGAAGUUGAAAAACCAACAUGAGGAUUGAUAAAAAGAGACAGAUAACAAAAAAAAAAAAAAAUAAUACAAUUUCGGAGCCGACAUUACUAUAUUAUUAUAAUACUAUUACGGAGAAAAAAAAACUAUCAUACGUGAAUUGAGUUCCAGUUGCCUACUUGUUGCUUUGGAAGUAAAUAAAUGUAAAAACUGCUUGAUUGUGAAUAUAUAAUAUAAUAUUCCAAAUAACUUCGGCUUUUUAUAUAGUGAUUUUUUGUCAGUUUGAGAUUGUUUGCGUCGCCGUGAUGAAAUUCUCAUAUAAUAAAAGUUUUCAUUUUCAAUUUUUAUCACCACUAAUGGGAGGAAAAGGAUGAGCGUGUACUGUUGUGUAGUUUUUAUUUUUUUCUGAAAUUCUUCAAUCGAGGGAAAGUCCUGCAGUUAUUACUUCAUUCGUACAUUAGACAUUAGAUAUAAAUACUUUUAUCAAAAUAUCGUCAUUUUUUAUUUGUUGAUAUUAUAAUGUAAAUAACAAUAUUAUUUAUUUUUUUUUUUUUUUUUUUUUUUAUAAAUACCGUGGUUUAUUAUUAUGUAAGACUUUAAUUUCUUUAUUAAAAUCGUGUGAGAGAAAGGGGAGGAAAAAGAGAGAAAACAUAUUAUGCCCGUGAUAAUAGCAGUAUAAAAAUGAGUUAUACGAUAAAAUAUCGCGAGCGUCAUAAUAGCAAAGUAUAGGUAUAUACAGACGAGAUAUGCGCGUAAUAAUAUUAAACCGAAGGAACAAAGAAUAAUAAUAAUAAUCAGAUAAAACAAAGAAAGGACGCGGAGAGAAGGAAACAUGGACGUGUACACAGACGGGGUAGGGAUAAGUUUAAGUAUACUCGCACAGGGUCCGUGUUGCAGAAUAAUAGUGGAGUUUUGAAUAGGAUUUCGCGCUCGCGCGUACACAACAAAUCGCGAAGACAAACGAAAUAGGGAAACGCGUUACGACGAGAGUAUAGGUAUUGUACAGUAAUAUUAUAUGAUUAAAGGACUCGGGCUUGAUUAUAUAAUACAUACAGAGUGUCCCGCGAAGAUACGAUCGUCGCGAUAUCUUGAAAAGUAUUAACUCGUUUCUUAAAAUUAUAAAAAAAAGUUUCCGAAAAAAAAAAAAUUGAUACUUUACGAGUUAUAAUAAUGAUCUUCGUGGGAAUAUAUAAUAUACGUAUGUUAUAAAAAUAUAUGAGAAAUUUUACACAAAUAUAUCGGAUAAAAUAAUGUACGAAUUGAAAAAUAGUGCUAGAGUAGACAGGCUUGGAUCCAGUGGAGGAAGGCUAAGAGGCUUUAGCCCCCCUGGCUGUAAUUAUUAUAUAGUUGGAGUUUUAAUUUAUCAUAAUAUACAUUGUUUAAUAAAUUAAAUAUUUUAUAUUAAUUUGUGUUAUUAUAAUUUUUAUAAAAUUAUACAUAUGUCAUUGUUUAAAAAUUAUGUAAGAACUUUUGAUAAUUUAUCAUGGUAUAGUAUCCCCCUCCCCACCCCCAUUUGUGAUUUCUGGAUCCAUGCCUGAAUAUUGGGGAAUUUUAUUCUGCGUUAAAAAAAAAAAAAAAAAAACAUAUUGUAGUGUAUAAAUUAUAUUCGAUUUUAGUUAAUGCAGUUAAUUGAUAUUUGUAAUAAUAAUGAUGGACUCAUAGAUUCUAUUGUUUGACAUACACACUGUGACAGUCCCGAUUCAAAAAGAGUAAGUAAUGUUCUACCGUCUUGAUUUUAAAUCUGAUUUGAUAAUUCGGAUUUACUUUAUGAAAUAAUAUUGUGUUUAAAAAGCCUGUUUGAUGCUUGGUUUUCGUAUAAUUCUUUGAUCCCAGAUAACAAGGGCUUUAGUCAUUUUUUUUAUAGUAUUCGCAAUAAAAGCUAAUUAAAUUCAGAAAAAAUAUAAAACUAUACAUAAACUAAGACAUUAAUGUACUGUACACACACUUAUGCACAGUAGACUAAAAAUAAAGGAAAGAAAAUCGCAUUAGACAAAAAAAUAUAAAAAUAAAAGCUAAAAAUUGACGUUAGCCCUUCUUCCCUGCAGGGAUCAAAGAUUAUGAUAUUGCAUACCAAGAUGUUUUGCGAAUCGUCUGGUGGUAGGGAAAAAUAUUAUGAAUAAAUAUGUGAUGUUCAAAACGCGUAUUAAACAUAAAUACGUUUGUAUAAAGGUACCUAAUAACGAAUUUAAUACUAUUCACCUAAUGCCCUUGUAUUAAAAUUUCAAGUAUUUUGACCCAAAACUAAAAAUUCUAUUAAAAUAGUUCCAUAGUAAAUAUUCCAUGUAUAGUUAAAGUUGUGAAAUUACAUGUUUUAUAUGGUAAAGCAUUCCAAUUUUUGACGGUAGUAUAAAAAAAAAAAUAUUUUUGAGAUGCAUUAGAAAACACGGAAAUAGUAAUUUUACUGUGUAAAACAAAAAAAUUACUUACAAGUUAAAAAUAAAAAAAAAAAUCUUUUACGUGUUCAUUAAACAGACGUCAAAAUAUAGUUGUUCUUAUAGAUUUUCACACACAUACCGCAUUAAUAAAAAGUUAUAUUGCUUUUGUAAAAAUAUUAUUCUCUUGCGAUUUUUUUUUCGACAUUUUUUCGUUUUUAAUAAAAUGGUAAUCAAAUUUACAAUGUAUACAAUGAAAUUGUAUACACUAAUAAACUAUCGGUACAAAUUUGAAGUAUUUUAAAUAAUUAUAAACCAUAAAGAUGAAAAAAAUUCUGAUACGGCUGGUGGGUGAGCCAAUGAUUUAAGUGAGAAGUUGGAAAUAUAGAAGGAUAGAACUAUUUAAUUUAUAAAUGUACGCUAUAAUAACUAAUUGCUAACGAAAUAAGAUUCUGAGCGAGAUUCGGUCAAACAUAUUAUGAAGUUCCAUAAUUUUUAAGAUUUUUUAGAUUUUAACUAAAAAUGGUUAUUUGACCACUAAAUACAACUUACAAUAGGCCUCGUGUUAAGUAUUUCUGUUUGAUCAAAUAAUUGUAUCCAAAUAAAAUAAAAAUUGGAAAAUAUCAUCCGCUUAUAAAUAAAAUCGACAGAAUUUAUUAAUAAUAUAAAUAGUAAAUAUGCUGUAGAAUUUGAAAGUAAGAAUUACAAGAAAAAACAAAAUCGAAAAUAUAUUGAAACCUUGAAUGCCGUAAACUUUCACGCUUUUCCUACUUUUGUCCAAUAAUUGAGGGAACCCAUUGAAAAAUCAAAAAAAAAAAUCUUUUCAAUGUACCAACUAGAUCAAAAAUCUAAAAAAAAAGUUGUUAUAAAGUUAUUGAUUUGAACGAAAUUCCGGUAGAAAAGUUUUUUUACAGUCACAAAAGAAAACAAAACACAUCCAAUAAUAAAUAAAUCCAAUACAUUUUUCGCUUCGCUCAUAUUAAACAAAAAAAAAGAAUUAAAGAAUUUUCGUGUUCGCUUCUCAAUUCUUUGCCAUUAUCUAGGAAAUAUCGAGUAUUUUUUUUUUUUUUUUACGUUUUUCUACGCAAAUGUAAAUAAUAAUAUUAUUAAGUGUUCUUCACUUUUAAUUCAACCAUUUAAAGUAACAAUAAUGCUUAAUAAAAUAAAAAUAAAAGAUUUUUCUCAAUACACAAUAUUACUUUUAAAAGAGGGUUUUUGAGGGUAUUGAAUAUAGGUACCUAUUCAAAUACCGACCGAUGAAAUAUUAUCGUAUUAACACUUGACUCAAGAGGUCGUGUCAAAAGACGUCAGGUUUAAUUGUGUAUAAUGGAUUUUAUUCAAACGACGUUAAUAUAAUUAAUAUACGAAACUAAUAAAAUAAUAAUAAUCGUCGGGUAAUUAAUUAUUAUAAAAUAUUCCGCGGGUUGAUGGGCUGAUGUUAAACAAAACGCGUUAUUGACUAUUUUACCAGUAAAUUUCAUAUUUAUAAACUAUAUACAGUGUGAACACGUUUCCGGGUAAUGUUAAAUAUUUAGUCGAUUAACAUUUCUGUUUUUGAGGUGUGAUGGAGGAUAUACUAAAAUACACACUCUGGGAUAAAUUUUAGUUUCGGUGAACGCAUGUGCAACACAAAUGCCACUAGAUUCGAAUAGCCCUAUAAUCCUAUUUUUAUUUUUUUUUUUUUCUAGAGCAACAGUGAUCAAUACGUUUUAAAACGUUCGUUAUUAUGUAUAUGUGUUAUACAUAUGUGUGAUAUGAUUAUAAUUUAUACGAAUCAUUUUUUCCUCGUAAAACAGUACCAAAAUUGAAGUAGUCGAAUUUCUUCACUUUAAAAUUCAUGCAUUUAAAACCGUUCAAAUCACCGGAUAAAAAUUAUGUUUUCUAAUCAACUUCAGAUAUCUGUAUCUCAGGUAAUUUUGGAGUUAAAUACAAAAUACGACAUAAUGCGUUUUCAAAAUUGAAAUCGUUAAACGCAAAACCUAUAGUUUUGUCUGACUUUCUUUGUCCGAAACGUCACAUCUCUCCAUAAAAAUUAUCAUACUCCUUCCCUUUGAAUGGGAAUUGGCUAGUAUAUUGGUGGACAAGUCUUAGCACUAUGGCGGCUAUCAUCAUCAUCAUAUAUCUUCAUAACUCUGCGAGAGUUUUAGCCAUCACUGUUAAAUCUCUGCAACUUCCACGAUUCUGGAUCAUUUUCUUCCUAUCUAUAGCUUCCAAUCUCUCUAGGUCUUGCCGUAUCCCAUCUACCCACUGUUCUUCGGUUCCCCUCUUGGUCUCUUCCCUUAUAGUUUACAUGCAAUAGCUGAUCUAGUUUUAUUUAUUAUCUCUCACUUUACCUAUCCAAGCAGAUUUAAACUCUGCCUCUUCAUAUAACUAGUUUCAAAUGGUAUUUUUAUAAUUUUCCUCAUCUCCGCGUUUUUCUUCUUCGUCAACAGUUUAACACGGAUAUAUCAUCUAUGGAUCCACAUAAUAUUCUAAACACUUUGUUUCUGAAGGUAAGGAACAUCCAUAAGUAAUUAUCAGCCUUACUACUGCCGUAUACAGAUACGUACUUUUGUAAUAUAUGUCCUUUCACCUUUAUUGAUGCGACUACUUAUAUUUCAGUGCUUAAAUCGCUAUUUACUUUUGUCUUUUCUUCAUUCAUUACCAGACCGAUCUUUUUCAAGUAACUUUAAAUCGCCCGCAAAAACUAAAAUGUCUAGUGUGACUUUGCCAAUCCUAACCCCGUGAUUAUUACUUUGUACCUUACGUAUCAAUUUUUCUAAAGUUUCUAGACCGAUUUUCACCAUAUUUUUCCAUUUAUUGGGAAAACUACUGGAAAAAUCAGAAUACUACCUUUUUAAAGUACCACCUCGGGAAAAUUUCUUUCAAUAAAGGUAUUAUACUUCAUUCGUCGCAGCAAGAUUUAUGGUAGAAUUUUUUAAUAAAGUGUAAAACAAGAAAAAAAUUAGAAACAUCUUUAUAAAACCAAUACAUUUUUUGUAACACUCAGAAUCUAAAAGUAAGUGUUUACGUGCAAUCGUGAGAUCCACAAUCACCGAAUUUAUCACACGCAGAGAUAUGUAAAUCGUCAUACAUGAAUUAGAUGGACAAAUUCGUGUACAUCUCGAUGACGGAUUCCCAAAAUUCUAAGGUUUGCACAUGACUUUUGUAUUGCAAAGUGGUAAUUUUUGUUUUUUUUGUUUUUUGAUUUUUGGGUUAUUUUUUUGUUCACAGGAACGAAAUAAAAAUGGAGACACGAAAAUAAGGCACGUAUAAUUGAAUUUCUUUUAUUGAUUUAAAGGAUUUUAUUUUUAAAUUCUACUUUAAACGGAAUAAAUAAAGGGAGUUGGUGGUGGGAAUUAAAUUGACAUAGGAAAUGGCGCCGGGUGAAAACCCUAUUAUGUAUAUAUAUAUUAUGCGCUCGUAUUUCAUAAAAUGCGUAUUUUAAAAAACCUAAAUAAAUUUCGAAAUUCUCUUCUUUUCAGAUGAUGUAAUAGGUAUUUUGUUUAAAUAGUUUAUUUCGUGCACUCUAAUACUUUUCUCUUUAUAUUAAUCCGGUAGUUUUCAUUCUGUCAAAUAUCGUGCUGCGAAAGUAAUGAAUUUGAAUAAAUAAUGGGGACGGCAUACGAGGACUGCAGUGCAGUUACGUGUGAUCUAUUUCAGACCAUAAGUGAAGAAAAGUUAAUAGUCCUGCACAGUUAUUACACCACGAUGGUUUAAACAAAUACUUUUAGAUUACAAAACUUCAGUAUAAGAAAAAAAUAACAUUUAUACGAGUUUCAGUGCGGUGCGGUGUACAUAGCGAAUUUAGUAAGAUGACUAAAGAUUAACAAAUUUAAAACUCUAAGUCCUUAUCAGAUCAUUACACCUAAGAUCAAAAUAAAUUGAAUACACAAAUUUUUGUUAAAAUUGAAUAUCUAACAAGUUUUAAAUAAAUCCUUUAUAGAAAUUUUAGUGUUUAAUUGUUCAGUAAAAUUAUUUGAUUUAAUUAUUUUUCGGUAAUUUUUGUAACCAUUUUGUUUUAUUUAAAUAAAAAUGAACCCUUGCUAAAUUUUAAAAUACCUCUGUCUUGUCUUUGGUUAUAUUUUGUUUUCGUGAUACUUUUUGAACAAAAUAAUAAUAAUAAUAAUAAUGAACCGAAUAGUAAAGAUACUGUCACACUCAGUUUUAAAUGUUAAGCAAACAUAUAUUUACCACCACCACGCAUUGUGGUGUUGAGUAUAUUUGAAUACAUUUAAAUAAGUCUUGGUGGUUUCUAUGACAGAUGGAUAAUUGAAAUAAUUGGAGUACUUUUCAAAUAAUUUACUAACUAAAGAAAACCAGUAAGAACUAGUUUAAAAUAAACUAAGUAUGGCAUUUCACGUAUCCCCUAAUACAAUUUUUUCAUAUUAUAUAAAAAUCUAAAUUUCGAUUUUAAUCCGUUUAAUACUACAGAAUAACCGAGAUUAAGUUCCGAAUUUUUUGCCAAUCAAUUUGUGUAUACAUAAAAAAAAAAAGCAUAAACAUAACACCAUACUGACAUAAAAUAUCAUAAUAUACAAUUACGUACCCAGAAAAUUCUCAAUGGCAAAGGAUGUAACAAAUAAUCGUAAAGUUCUUUUUUCUUUAUCCAAUACGACAAUGUGAAUUUAAAACCAGGAUAUAAAGAACUAAUUUUUAAUCAAUAAAUCAAGCUUUUCCUUUCCUAUAUACAUUAUAAAUAGAGUGAAGUGAGGUAAUUUUAAAUAUAUAAUGCAAUAUUUAUUGAGAAAAUUGAAUAUUAGUCGUAUUUUAUUUUUGUUUCUUCAUUUCUGAGCUUAAAAUCAAUUAACGAUUCUUUAAAAAACAAUAUUUCACAUAGAAUGAUACCGAACGUGUAUUUUUUAAUUUUUAAUUCAAUAUUUAUAAUUGCCUCAUAUAAAAAUUAUUCAAUUAAAUGUAAUAGAGGCAAUAUGAAAUAAAAUGAUUCCUGAUCAUUUUAUUUCAAUUGUCAAUUGUUUAUUUUUCCAUAAACCUUCUUAUAUGUGUGACUAAGCCCUUCAAAUAUAUUACUUCUGCUAUACGGGAUCAUAAUUAACUCGAAUAACUUGAUAUUGAAUGAAUAGAAAAAAAAAAAAAAAUUAAAAAUUCAACAUUCAAGAAAUUUACAUAACAUUCAGAUUAAUUUUAAGUGUACAACUUAACAAAUAACAUAUUAUGCUUUUAAGAGUCGGAAAAGUCUUUUAGAAUACAAUACAAUGUAUAUUUCUGAGCUUUUAUUAAGAUAAUAUAUUAUUUGUAUGUACGCACAAUAGGUAUAAGCAAAAAGUUUUGAUAGUAGCCGAAAACUAUUGUAUGCUUUAAUUUUUAUGCUGAAAAAAAAGUAUAAGUGGAUACUGUAUAUAAUAUGUAUAUUUAUAAUGUUCGAGCAUAAAAUUAGAAUAAUAGUCAUAAAACUAAAACAAUUAAAACUACAUUGGUAUCCUCCUUCUGCUGCCGCAGGGUCUUCCCUCCGGAGUAAUUGUUAAAGUUUAUAGGUUAUAAUCUUAUAAAAUAAUUUAAAAAGUUUCAAAACCUGUUUUUUUUUUUUGAUUAGAAGUCCCCGAGUUAUCACAUCAUACGUUAUAAAUAUCGAGUUUUCCUUUUAAAUACGCGGAAAUAAUCUGUGCACAUCUUAAACUGACGAUGAUAUCAUCCGUUUUUGUCUCGCAGGAAAUGAUCGAGAAGAAAAUCGUGAUAGUCGGCGACGGCGCAAGCGGCAAAACGUGCCUUUUGCACGUGUUUUUCGAGAACGUGUAUCCGUCGGUGUACGUGCCGACGGUGUUCGACAAUUUUUCAACGGAGAUCAAAAUAGAAGGGAAAAUGGUAAAACUCGCCCUGUGGGACACGGCCGGCCAAGAAGAUUACGAUAGACUGCGGCCACUAUCGUAUCCGAAUUCGGACGUGGUGAUCAUAUGCUAUUCAAUCGACCGGCCCGAUUCGUUAAUCAACGUGGUCGAAAAAUGGAUACAAGAAGUCCGAUUUUUCACCAAGGACGUGCCGGUGAUAUUGGUCGGCAACAAAAAGGACCUCCGUGACCAGUGCGUAAUGUCACUGCCGGGCGAUGCUGGUGUAGACGACACUGAGGUAGCAAAUGCUCGUCGGGAGAACGAAGACUGCACGGUCGUUGUUACGGAUGAAACCGACGAAAUAUGUUCGGAAACAUCACCGCUCGUUGACAAGGCUGGCGAAACCCAACCGGUAAUAGAAAACGACAAUAAAACCGCUUCGACCACACCUAAGAAAUGGAGUGGAACUACAGGGGCGGAACCAAUGGUGGUCAAAGAACAAGGACAGCUAGUGGCUAAUGAAAUCGGAGCUUUCGCGUUUUUAGAAUGUUCGGCAAAGACCAAAGAGGGAGUUCACGACGUGUUUGUAGCCGCAGUGAAGGCGACCAGACGCGAUAACAAACAGUGCGUUUUGCUUUAAAAACAUCACGGAGUAUAAUUCACUAAAAAUAACGAAUUGCAACGAGCCGUUGUACAUUCACGUUUAAGUUUACUUGUUAUUUUUUUUAUAUAUAUAUAUAUAUAUAUAAAAUAUAAAACAUAUGAUAAUUUCAUUA